AUGGACAUAGUCCCUGCAGCGAUCUCCUCCUUGUCGGCUCUCGAAUCGUUGACCAUCAGGCAAUCCAGACUGCCAUCGAACCCAGAGGGGAUAGGCGAGCUGACCAAUCUCCGCACUUUGGUGCUCAAGUGCUGUGCCGAACUGCAGCAGCUGCCAUCGUCACUCGGUCGUCUCUCCUCUCUAACACGACUCGAUAUCUACAAGUGUCCCAUCGUUAACCUUCCGGAGGGUCUAUGCCAGCUGGGUGAGCUGCGGGAGCUCACCUUGCGCUGCUGCUAUGAGCUGACAAAGCUGCCGGACUUAAUCACUCAGCUGAUCUGCCUGGAAAUGCUCAAGGUUCAAAUGUGUACCAAGCUCUCGUCUGCACCUCAAGCCAUGGGAAACCUCUCAUGCCUGCGGGAGCUGGAUCUGACAGGUUGUGUUCUCUUGAAGGAAAAGCUUGAAUCUUUGCCUUGGACUCUGGAGACCUUGAGGUUGGGGAAUGACACCAGCAGCAUCACUCUUCCUGGCAUGUCAACUGCUCCAAAUCUCAAGGAGCUGCAGCUGAUUAAUGUCACUGUCAUGGAUGCAGCAGCGACCAGCCGUAGCCUCUCUGGGAUCAAGAAACUGGAGUUGCGGCUGGGCGCUGAACAGAGAGAGAUCCCGCUCCUGCUGGGGUUCCUUUCAUGCCUUCGUGAGCUGCGCAUCUCCAAUGCCAAGUCCCUGCAACACCUGCCUCAUGACAUCGGGUCUCUGCCUCAGCUUCGGCAGCUGCAUGUGGAAGGAGCCGAGACUUUGACGAUGAUUGCGGAAAGUUUGAGCUGGCUUGUGCAACUCACCUCCCUCCAUAUCGAAGCCCCUAAUCUGACCCACCUUCCUGAGACCCUCUCUUCCUUGUCAAGAUUGGGCGACCUCAGCCUUCAGAAUUGCUCCUCCCUGACAGCCCUGCCCUGCUCUUUCACCGCCCUCACCUACCUGCACAAGUUGGACCUGAGCAAGACACCACUGCACGUCCUCCCUCCCAACUUCCACCGUUGGGGGAGACUUAGAGAGCUGGAUCUGAGUGACUGUGAGCAGCUUCACUUUCUCCCACAAGAGCUGUGUUGCUUGACGAUGCUGCGACACCUGGAUCUUCGAGGCUGCGAAAUGCCAUUGGCGUUCCACACGCCUGCUCCAGGCGCAGGUGGCCCUUCAGGUGCCUCCUCAGGUGAAACGUCAGGUGCCACAUCAGACAGCGACAACCUGAGGGUUACGGAGAGGCAGCAGGCGCUGAAGCUGAGGCUGCAACAGAAGCAGAGAGCAAGAGAAGGGGCAGGUGGGAAGACUAAUAAUGGUCAUGGGGGAAAGAGUAUGAAAGAUGCUAAUGAGAGCAGCAGAGGGGGUGGUGGGAAGAUAGGCACGGGAGGUGGGGGUGAUGGAAGGAGCAAUGGGAGGAAUGGGAGUCAAGUGAAUCAUGGUAGUGAUGCUGCCAAGAAAAGAUACGAUUUUGUGCGGUAUCCACUGAUUCGGCUUAUUCACCGCACCCGGGACUGCUCGCCUGUCACGGAGAAGCUUCUGGGCGGCGUGGGUUUGGACCUAGUGGCGGAAAUGGCCGGCAAACUCACUGACAGCAAACUCACGGACGGCACUGGCAGCAGCGUCACAGCAGUGGCGGCUUCCCAGCUGGGGGCUCUGCAUGACGUUAUUUUCACUAUUGAGGAACCUGCUGAGAAGCUUCCCGCUUCUGCGGCAGCUGUGGGGGGAGCAGUGGGGAAGAUGAUGGGGGGGAAGCAGAAGCUCCCUAGAGACCCCCCCUGGGUGCGUGUCAUGGCUCAGGAUGAGAACCAGCAACAGCACGUGUUCCUGGUUCCUCCGCACUUGCUUCCACCGACCCGCCUCUGCGUUUCCCAUCCUGGUCCCGCCAUCUCUGUAUCGCCCCCCCCUCACCCCCACCAUGCAUGCAGUUCAAGGGAGCAGCAGCACGCUCUGCACUUCGAGCCACGAACCAUUGCCACGGACGGCUACUGCUCGUACCAUGAGGCGGGGCACGCGCUUGUUGUGGGGGCGUUGAGUCCUCUGGCCCGGGUGGAAGGAGUGUAUCUGGAGGACGAGGGCCAAUCAGCAGCACCGGGAGGGCCCUACCGGCCAGUCAAGUACACUGGAGGGACGGACAUUGUGUGGCGGGGGGAGAUUCAGCCAAUGCCGUUGCGACAAGUGGUGGUUCACGCCAUGGCCGUGUGGCUGGCUGGCAUGAGGCGUCCUGUCUCUGCUCUUCUGGCAUUGGCCAUGCUUCCUGUCCCCGUCGUAUCCCCUGUUUCCCGUCCCCAUCGCCGCCAGGCAGCAGAGGAGCUGAUAUUUGGCCGGUUUCCUCUCCCUUCCCCCCUCAUGCCCACGCCAUCAGCUGCUGCGCUCGCCACGGCCUUUGCUCUCAUCUGCCGGGCUCCAGAGGUGUGGGGUGCUGCACCCACCGCACCACAGGCAGGCACACCACAGGCAGGCACAACACAGGAGAGAGAGGAUCAAGCAAGCAGUGAAUCUGAAGCCGAGUUCCAACAGCAACAACAGCUGCUGCUGCAGAGUGCCAUCCACACGCCGCGCAUCACAGGCUGGCACGUGCCCUCCUCCGCUGCCUUCUCUGACCUCUUUGGUGCCGGGCCGCAGGACCUUAGAGCGUGGCCUGAACGCCUGGAGAUGAGAGGUGGACAGGAAGGUCUGAGGGAAGGGGUGGAGGAAGGCAAAGCAGAAGCAGCAGCAGGAGCAGGAAAAAUGGGAGGAGCAGCAGUAGCAGCGACAGCAGCAGUGAGAAGGGUUGGGAGAGGUUUAGAGAUGCCUGGGGUGGCAGGUGUGCGGGAGGCAAUGACCCUGGCAUCCUCUACUCUCCGGCAACAUGAGAGUGCUCUGCACGCCAUUGCAUGGCGCCUUGUGGAUGCUGGGGAGGCGAGUGAAAGUGAGAUCACCGCUGCUGCUGGUGGUAAUGUUGUUGCUGGUGCAAAUGUGAACACACAACACAAGGCUCAUGAGAGUGCUCUGCACGCCAUUGUAUGGCGCCUCGUGGAUGCUGGGGAGGCGAGUGAGGGCAAGAUCGCUGCUGCUGUUGCCAGUUGUAACAAUGAAUACAAGGCUGUAGUCCCAUCUCCAGCGGCUGCUGCGGCUGCAGGGCUGUACAUCCAGCUGCUGCAGGGUGACUCCUUGAAGGCAAUGUUGCAGGUGGUGCAGGAGGCAAUGGCCCUCGCGUGCUGCACUCUCCGGCAGCAUGAGAGUGCUCUGCAUGCCAUUGCAUGGCGCCUUGUGGAUGCUGGGGAGGCGAGUGAGAGUGAAAUCGCUGCUGCUGUCACUUCUGCUGCUGCUGGUGCUGUUGAUAACAUGCAGCACGAGGCUGUAAAUCAACCUGCAGGUGCUCCUGCUGCUGUGGCCGCAGGGUGA